UCGUAGAUCAAGAUCGAGAUGAAGGAAAAAAAAAAAACCUCUGCAUGACCCACAAAUCCCACAUCCUGUUCACAGAGCUGCAGCACUCUGACAGUCUGAGAGUGACCCACUGAAUAACAUGGCUGCCCAGGAAGACUCUCACUGUGUCAGCAGCACUGACAGAAACACAGAGGGGCAGAAAGCCUUUGUCGGGGCCAAUCGUAAGUGUUGGUGAAGCCGAGAGUCACCUGUGGCUGCAAGAACCGAAACCCUAAUCCUGCUUCAUCAUCUUUGGUUUUAAUGAUCCUCCACUAAACAUUAGCUUCAGUACCAGAGUGGGGAAGAUUAUUUUUCCUGUUAUUGCAAACAUAACCCUGUCAUGUCAAACUGUUGCACUGCCGACGAGUAAAUCCAAGAGGCGUGGACAGGCCACAGACAUCAAGGUGAGGACACACACUCUGGGUCGUUCUGGAUCCUGCACUCACUGCCAAGUUUAACAUGAAGAUACAGCUGGAGAAAUCUGGAGUUUGUUGUCUGUCUCUCCUGUUGACUUGUCCUAAAGGAGUGGUUUGUGGGAACAGGGGGCAGGAGGAGGAGUGGGUGUGUCCAAAGGGCCACUGAGUCCACCCCCAGGGACUGUGAUUGGCUGAGGCCGCUGUGACUGAGUCCAGGGGAGGCCAGUAAGAAGGUGAGUGGUCUGGAAGCCUGCUAGGGGGCAGGCAGCAAUAAAGGAGCAGAGACUAAUGCCUCUUAAAACCAAGGUGUUCCCUGAUACAGCUGCAGACUGAGAGAGAGAGAGAGAGGGAGAGAGACACAGAGGGAGAGGAGGGUGGAGGACACGAAACAUAUCUGAGAAUUUGUGCACAGGGAAAGUUAGUUGACAAGCAGUCCUACUUGUGUGCUCACCCUUAUCCAACUCCCCACUAUAAUACCUGAGGGACACACACACACAUACACACAGAUAUAUGUGUGGAGGGCUGACAGGGAGGCUACCGGCGCUGACUCUCUAGGGAAGAAGGGAAUUACAUUUUUUUUACCAAUCCACUGCAUCUAUUCUCUGGAGAUUAAAAAGAAGGAUUAGAGCUGGUACUGCGCUCCACUUGUUCCCAUCUCUUCUCUGCAUUUUGUUGUCAUUGAGUCACUUUGGAUAUUUUGGAUACAACUUUGCCAAACUGCUGGUUCCAACUCAGAGAGGCAUGGCACACGGACAAAAGAGCCACAGGUGGGCAGAGACCCAGGGCUCCUUCAGUUCAGCACUGGGUCUGUGGCUGCUCUCCCUCCUGCUCCUCACCGUUUCAGCCGCAGACGAGUACGACUACUACAGCUGGCAGUCGGACAACUUCCACAACGGGCGUUUCUACACCAAGCAGCCGCAGUGUGUGGACAUACCGGCCGACCUGAGGCUGUGCCACAAUGUGGGCUACAAGAAGAUGCGGCUGCCCAACCUCCUGGACCACGAGACCAUGCCCGAAGUCAAGCAGCAGGCGGGAAGCUGGGUGCCACUUUUGGCCAAACGGUGCCACGCCGACACCCAGGUGUUCCUUUGCUCACUUUUUGCGCCGGUGUGCCUGGACAGACCCAUCUACCCCUGCCGCUCCCUGUGUGAGGCAGUGAGGGACAGCUGCGCUCCGGUGAUGGAGACCUACGGCUUCCCCUGGCCAGAGAUGCUGACCUGUGACAAGUUCCCCAUUGACAACGACCUCUGCAUUCCCAUGCAGUUCACUGGGAACCACGCAACACAGGCACCAGUGUCCAAGGCAUGUCCUCCGUGUGACAACGAGCUGAAGGCGGACAACAUCAUGGAGCAUUACUGCGCCAGUGACUUUGUCCUCAAGAUGAAAAUCAAGGAGGUGAAGAAAGAGAAGGGAGACAGGAAGCUGAUUGCGGCUCAAAAGAAAAAGAGAGUACUGAAGCAGGGCGUGCUGAGGAAGAAAGACCUGAAAAAGCUGACCUUGUACAUCAAGAACGGCGCCAACUGCCCGUGUGCCCAGCUGGACAGCCUGGGCUCUAACUUCCUCAUCAUGGGCCGCAAAGUGGACCAGCAACUGCUGCUCAUGUCCAUUCACAAGUGGGACAAGAAGAGCAAGGAGCUCAAGUUCGCCAUCAAGUACAUGAAGUCUCAUCAGUGUCCCACCUACCACACCGUCUUCCAGUGAUUUAACCAACCACAUCCUUCCCCCUCCCCUCCCUCCCCCCGUCUCUCCUCACUUCAAUCCCCGACUCCUGUUCCACCAACGCGACCCUGAAGGACGAGUGUGUUUUUGCAGCCAACGACUCUUCGACUCCUACACAGCUUCAGGAUGGUCAUUUUAUAUUCUUAGCCUCAUCGUGAACCAAAUCUUCAAUCCCCCUCACAUGAAUUAGACAUAUUGAAGUGGGAAAGGCUACAUGCUGCAUAUUCUGCUUCUCUCAGCGGAAAGAAAAUAGCAAAUGUAUCCAUAAGAGUGGGAAAUCAAUAUUAUUGCAUCAGCAACCUAGGAAUUCUGUAGAAAUCUCUCCUAAAAAUUUAAAUUCCUUCUAUUAUAUCCUUAGAUCUAAUCAUUUGUAUAUCCUUUUGAGUGAGAUAACAGCACCGAGGAGUGAGUGAAAAAAACAGCAGGUUUGUCAACAUGAUUGAUGAAUACAGUGAUUACUGUGAGACAGGAAACAGUUUCUGUGGUUCCUGUCCCCAGUGACAAACAUAAGAUGGAGACGAUCCACUUAAAUCUAUGUUAUAUUAUUGUACAAAGUAGGUAAAUGAGAUGAUGAAUUGUAGUAAACGUGUCUUUGUCUUCAAUUCCUGCGGGGAAAAGACAACUGAUGGAAUGAGAAAGACUGACAGGCUGGUGAACAUGCCUCCGCUGGCCUCGUACAGCCGUGUUUUUACAGCCUUAAAGAGGGAGACUUGAAUAUUUUUUUACAGAAUUUUGAAUUAAAGUAAGAAGAAGGUAAAAAGCUGAGAAAACUUCGCGGAAAAAAAAGAUGAAAAGAAAAAAAGGAGAGAAAAGAGACUCUGGACAGAACCGACAGUGUUGGGUUUUUAAAUCUCUGGUAUGCAGUAUUUUUGUUUUUUUUUUGUCAUUAUCACUUGAUUGUUUCCUUUUUACAUUUCUACAUUUUAUAAAUUUUAUUCAGUUAAACACCUGUGGUAUGAAAGCCGAAAUCAUACGUGCAUAACACGGUAAUUCACAAUCUCCAUAGAGAAUCUUCAAAGUUAAAGCUCAACUUUACAACAUGUAAGUAGAUCUCAUACCAUAAUGCAUCUUUGUUUAAAAAAAAAAAGUAAAUAAAUAAAAUAUAUUUGAAAUUUUU